UUACCAGAAUCAUGUUUCCCAAUUACAUCUCAAUCUGAUAACAAUUUAGGAUGUGCACGUAUUGAAUUGAUUGGACGUAUAAUUUCUUGUUUACCGUAUAAUUUAUCAAUGUCAUCAUCAUCAUCAUCUACAUCUACAUCAUCUACGUCAACACCAUCGACGAUCAUCGGUACAGCAUCAUCAACCACAACAGCAACAACAACUACAAUGACACAUGAUAAUGUAUUCUAUGGUUUACCAAGCCAAUUACGUGCUAAAUUAUCAACUGUUGCUUGGUUACCAGGUAUUCUUCGACAUAAAACUGAUUGUUUGUCUAAUAUGACCGAUUCAUAUCAAUUUGUGAUUGCAUCCAAGUUAUUAGUUGUUCCGACGUUAUUAUCUUCAACAUCAUCAGUUGUAAGUGAGGAACAGCAUAACAGCUCUUCAGAUAAGAUAAAUUCUGUAAAUAAUUGUACUACACCAUCUUCAUCUCCGUCAUCUCCAUCAUCCAAUCAAAGCGAUCAAAUCUUAUUACAACUGCUAAUUGAUUAUUUACAAAUCUAUGAACCACAUCCAGCAUUGUUUAUGUCAUCAGCGUCGGCGUCGGCAUCACCGUCGGCCUCGUCAACACAUCACCAAGGUUUGCCGAUUGAGUCGAUGGUGGCUAUGGAGGAUGAUAGUAAUAAUACUAAUAAUACAAGUGAUGCUGAUCAUAAUAGCAUUAUAGAUACGUAUCAAUCUAUUCAGCAUAAUUAUUUAUUAAAUCAAAUGAAGAUGGAUGCAUUGUAUUGGUUAGGUGCACAAACUAUUUCAAUUGAAUCUUUGAUUAAUUUAGCAACAAAUUUGAAACCUGAGGAUAUCAAUCGACCUGGUUUACUUUCUGUAUUAAUGUCUAGUUUUGAUGCUUGUCUAACUGCAUACAAUACAUCAUCGCCAUCAUCGAACAGUAAUUGGUCAUCUCAGUCAACAUCAUCAUCAUCAUCAUUGAAACCAUCAUUGACGGUAUAUAGACGUCGUCUUUUAACUGCUUUACAACAUUUACCAAUUUUUCCAUUAACCAAUGGACAAUGUAUACGUUUAAAUGAGAAACAAACACAUUGUUGGUGUAAUGAUAUUCCGCCGAUGGUUUUAUUACCG